AUGAGCCUUAACCUCCCUAACCCUAGCUUACUAGGAAUUCUCCUUGUGAUAUCAACACAUAGUGGUCCUCAAUUAGCAUACAAGUUUCCAACAGAUUUGAGAUUAAACCAUGGAGAGAAACACGAUGGUAUUCAUCAGGGGAAGGAGCAUUCAAUUGGUAAUACGAAAAGUACCGACAAUAUAGACGAUCAAGAUGUCGGGGAGUAUUACGAUGAAGAUGAUGAAUUAUAUGAGUAUAGAGAUGACGAAGAUGACGUGGAUGAUGAAAAUAUAAGCCACUUGGCUGGCGAGAACGGCGAUGAUGAUAGGGAACUAUAUGGAAUUGAUGCCAAAGUUUGGGAUGUUGAUGAUUUGAAGUACUAUAUGGGCACGAAAUUAGACCUCAAAAGGUUCUUGGACCAGCAGGAUGAUAGAAGAAAACAGCGACUUGAAUCUGGGACUAUUGAGAUAGGACAAGACAAAACUAAACCGUGGACACUGGAUUUCACCAAUUCAAAACAAACAAGUUCAAAGGUAAGUGUUGCUUGUAGUCAACACAGUUUAAGCUCAAAUAGUCCAAACAAACUUGAUAAUGUCAACGAUGAUAUAAUGGGGAUGGACCCCUCUUACCUAUGUGAAAUGUUGGCUCCACCCGCAGCAAUGUGCAAUGCAAGGUUUGAAAUGAUGAUAGAAGGGAAAACUUUUCUAGGGUUGCCUAUACACAAGAGCAUUGAUGGUGGCUGGAAAACAAGAGCAAUUUCCAAUAGCAAACAUGCCACCCAAGGUGGUACCAGAUCGAGGUCAAAUAGUAAACCACUUGAUCCGAAAACGAAACCAUCACAUAAUGUUCCAGAUGGCAAAAUCGAAAUUGAGGACAGCAAAAGCAAUUUGAAUAUGUUUCACUUGGUGUUUGUAAUGAACCCACCAACGAUGGAAAACAAUUAUCGAAUUGAUGAAAUGUUUCACCAUGUAAUAUCAAAGUUAUCAUUGAUUCUUCGACGUGCACAGUUGAAACAUGAUUACAUUGGACUGGAAGUGAAACGAAUUAUAUCACUUCGGGAAGAGCUUCAUGACGAGAACAAGUUAGCGGAAAACUCUUCAUUAUGUAAAUUGAUUCGCGACUGUUUCAUUGGUAUAGGUUCAUCAAAGGUUGCCAAUUUGAUGAUUAAUGGGAAAUUAAAGUCCUUUCAAAUACCUUUAAAAACUGAAUUCCAUUCGCUCCCGGAUGCAACGGUGCCAUACAUUCCUGGAUCAUAUCUUUCAUCAACUGUCAACACUGUAAACAAUUUUGGAUUAAUAAAUGUUGGCGAAUCAUCCCGAUAUGGACAAAAGGAUGAAACUUUGAGAUACCCACAAGAAGACGAUGAUUCCGAUGAAGUGGUGAUCUACUAUGCACUACUAUUGCUUGACGAACCAGAGAAUAUCAUCAAAGAUUUAAAAAUCUCCAAUGAAUCCAUUCUCGCCAACUUUAUUAGUUCAAUUGAACCUACUGAAUCACUACUCAAAUUAUCAGCGCAGUAUCCUCAAUUAGACAUUCGUCAAAUUAAAUCGUUUGCGUUCCAUUUGAUCUAUUGGCGAAAAGCCAGAAUCAUUCAACCGUUAUCAAGUCGAUCAGUAUACAUCAUAUCCCCCAUGGCUCCAUUGACAGUUAGACUCUAUGAAGAUAUAUCAGAAUUCAACAAGAAAUUCCCCACAUUACCAUCAUUACCACAUUUUUUGAAGUUGUUGUCUCCCAAAUCUAGAAAACCACAACAAUUUGCCGCAUCAAUCCCAUCUAGAGAUCAUCGCGAUAGUUAUAUGCGUGCAUUAGCGUGGUUGAACCGAUUUGGCUACGCCACUCAACAAUUGACAUUUAUUUGGCUCAAAAUUGCUCGUAAGAUCAAGAUCAAAGUUGAGGAAGAUAUUGAGAAUGAAAACUUGACAAAGCGUAAAUCCAGCAAGUUUGUGGCUGAUAACAAGACUACAAAAGCAACCGAUAACUCAUCAAAGCAGGUUGCCACUACCGAUAAUACUAACCUGGCCACUAACAGUACCAAAACAGUAUCGAAAACAGUCGUUGAUUCCCUGAGUGCGCCAAAAUCAAACAAAACCAAUUUGGACUCAUUGAAGUAUCAUUUGAACAAGUCUUCGUCAUCAGUUACUUUACUAGAGGACGAUGACACGAUUAUUUUGGACCCUGGAAGAGCAUCAACUUUGGAAAGACGGUGGAUCAAUGAAAUCAUAUUCGAGGAAUGUAAAUUGACGUCUGAAUUGACUACCUUGUUUUAUAAAUUGUUGAAAUACAUGAAUGGUGAAAGUCCGUUGGAAUUGUUGUUGUUGAAGGAAAAUAUAUCACGACUGGAAUUGAAAAAGCUUUUGUUAGCUAUUGAGCCUCAUAUAAUAUCAGUAAAACAUUGGUAA